AUGGGUUCCGAAUUAUCUAAUUCAAUUUUAUUUGAAUUUUUUUGCAAAUUACCUACCCAAAAGGCUGCACAGUGUAGACUUUUGAGUAAAUAUUGGAAUGAAGAGUCUUCUUCAAAAAUUUUCAAGGAAAAACACACUGCGUAUAUCAAAUCGAAGGAGUCACCACUCUUUGUUGAAAUUAGCAUACAUAAUAGGAACGUGGAUCCAUCUAGAUUACUGGUGCUUAUCUCUAUUUCUGAUAAAGAAAUACCAAAAAGGUAUGUUACUUUACCUGUUCGUGUUGCAAGGUUCGGAUGGUUUAAUAUAAUUAACACUUUGAAUGGUAUUAUUUGUUUUCGUUUUGGAACGAAUGGUGAGAGUUCUAAACUGGUUAUGUGGAAUCCUACCAUGAAAGUUCAUAAAUUUGUACCAAAUAGCAAGCCUGAGAUUGGUACUCGUGUUCUUUUGGAUGGUUUAUGUUAUGAUGAAGGCAAUGAAGAUUAUAAAAUUGUUAGUGUGUUCAAAAAAUUGGAGGAUGGUGCUAAGCCUUGGUUCAAAGUUUUUUCUUCUACGAAUGAUUCUUGGAGUGCACCUGCUGAUCUACCCUUUAAUGUACAUGAACAUAUUAUUCAAAGUUGGUAUUCAAGAGGAUUUCUCUUCUUUUUGGAUGUUGAUAACACUGCCAACAAAACUAUUGUUCAAUUUAAUGUGAAUAAUAGUUCAUUCAAUCAUUUUGAACUUCCUUCUUCUACGAAUAAUCAAGUUUGUUUUCAAGGUUGGAGUUUGUUUGGUACAAAUGUCAGUAAUAUAGAAAGAUAUCAUGAAUGUCUAUGUGCAAGCAAUUGUAUUAUUACUACCAUGAAGGAAUUUCACCUUGAAGAUGAAGAGAGCUAUGUGAUUAAAUCACAGUGCAUCAAGUCAAAUCUGCAAAAAACAAGAGCAGUGCUGAGAUCUCAAUACGCCACCGCAUUGCGAAAAAUUUAUGAGCACAAAGAGACUUUGACGUGGAUAAAUUAA